GUGGUUCUUCGCGCAUGUCAAUGUUUUUAGGUAAGCGGACAGGCUUGAUCUGCACCGCUAUCCGCAUUCUCCGUGCUUUAGGUUUGGUAGCAGUGUGAGAGCCAUGGCUUUCUUCUUCAAAGGAGCGGUGACAAGUUCUCCAGUUAAGACCAGGAGGCAGGAGGCUGAAUACAUUUGUCACAGCCUGGACUCCUCCCACUUCUCUGACUCAUCCUUCGAGUGUUUCUCCACCAAUCCACUGACAGGAUCAGUGUGUGCGUGUCGCAGAAGUCCCCGCCUAUUAUCCAAUGGUUAUUAUGUUCUGACGGAGGACAGUUUUAACACAGAUGACGAGGGAAACGUUACUCUGACUCCCUCACACACCAGCGUCACAUACAAGGAGAAUCUCGUCCGCAUAUUUAGACGAAAGCGGCGGGCAAAAAGAUCACUGGCCAGCCUUCUGAGUGACAUGAGCCAGUCGUGCCAAUCCUGGCUGGAAGGAAGUGUUUUUAGAAGAUCUGAGCCAAUCACACCCAUCCAGUCUUCAUGGGAGGAGUUUGACCACAGUUAUGAGAAAGAAUCGCCCAUCAGCUUCACCUAUGAUCCUAUAGAUCCUGUUUCCUCGCCUGAUAAACUGCCUCCUCAGACUCAGCUUGAGGAGGAGGAGCCUCAGUGUGAUUCAUGCGCCACCCAUGAACAUUUCAGCCAAUCAGUGAGCGGCCUCCUGGAUGUCCCUCCUCCAUCUGUGUGCCACCUCGAUAGUUACGGCUCUUCCAGCAAGACUUCAUCAGAAAAUGUGUUCAUGAAAGUCCUUCUCCUCAUCCUCACUCUGUGCCUCUGCAUCGCCAUCUCAUCCGGGUGGCUGCUGGGAGGUGUUUCUGCAGCCGUGGCAUUUGUGGUUCUGCUCUCUUCAAUAUGUGUGUCUAAACCCGGUUCUUCAGUGCGCUGGAGGAGAGCAAAGACUGAGGACAUCACCUCCAGGAAUGAGUGAGGAGGAACAAACACACAUGCACGCUGUGCACACAGAUACAUCCGUGUGAAAUCUGACCUGAGAAGACCAGAGGACGUGAGUGUGUGUGGACACACAUCCUGCAUCAGCAUUAAAUAUUAGUCCAGGUUUUGUAGGACUGUUUUCACGGAUUAUCUAAAGAGUUCUGAUUGUAAUGAUUAUAGAAUUAUUAAGUAAAACAGCAUUAGUGAUGGCGAAUAACUGUCACAGGAGAAAAUUGACAAAUCAGUGCUGAACUAUUAGUGAAAGUUUAAGAAAUGGAGGAUUUUUCCCAAACAAAUGAUGAGGGAUUCUCUGGGAGUCGGUGGAGAUGCCCUGCAGGACAGAACAGAGCAAAUGUGUCAGUCGUGUUUGUAAAUCGGUCAACUUGGCUUGGUUGGGAUCUUUAAUGAAACUUUAGUGUAUGACGUUACUCGUCUAUAAAGAAGUUUUGCUGCAACAGCCAGUUUAAUAUAAUAGCUUUGCAGAAAACCUGUACAUUUUGAGACAUGGUAGCAAAAGCAGUGCCAGCUUAGCUUUGUGCAUUUGUGAAGUGCCUUUGUUAUACAAAACAGGAGACUCAUUGCCAUUAGCCAGGGUUAAAGACACACUUCUGUGUGACUCGAGAGGGCUCAAAAGUUCAGCACAGAGUGCUGCUAAUUAGGCAUGGGCUGAUAACCGU